ACGGUACCGGUUUAUCUAGGGAGGGAUUUUUUUCCCCCCCAGGGAAAUGACCAUUUCAAAGAGAACUCCAACUAGUAGCCACCUGAUCUAUGAAAUGAAAAUGAAAAUGAAAAUGAAAUGCUCUGUUGAUGCAGCAACGAACGCACGAGGUCUUUUGUUUUAGUUGUGUUUUCAUGCGGAGGUAAAUGCUUUACAAACUGAACAAACAAAACAAAUGUGGGUGUCGAUUUUUUGGGCAGAUGAGCAUGCAACUUGUGGGGCGCCUGCUUGGAUCGGUAGAGGCCUUACUUGUGUUUGCUUCAACAGGAAAGGGGUCUAUCAACGCAUCUUCAUCAACCUAACUCCUCAACAGGAGGAAAGAGUGAGAAGAUUGAAGCAUCGGAUGAAGGUCCAUUUCGAUACUUCUAGGACCGAUCAUCAGGCAGCUCUAAGAGCACUAUGGUCAGCCACAUAUCCUGACAUAAAGCUAUGUGGAUUAGUAUCCGACCAAUGGAAAGAAAUGGGAUGGCAGGGGAAAGAUCCUUCUACUGAUUUCAGGGGAGCUGGAUUUAUCUCUCUGGAGAACCUAUUGUUCUUCGCCAAGACAUUUUCGGUAUAUGAUCCUAAACUUAACCUCAGUCUAAAGAUGGCAGCACUGCCAUGGCAAUUAAAUUCAGACAACUUUGUGUUGCCACAGAUAUCAUUCCAACGGUUACUGAAAAAGCAAGGAGGGAAGAGGUCAGCCUGGGAGUAUCCAUUUGCUGUUGCAGGUGUAAAUGUGACGUUCAUGAUCAUGCAGAUGCUUGAUCUUGAUGCUAUGUUUCGGCUAAUCCUGUGUAGUUGUGCUGCAGCAAAGCCUAGGACAUUUGUGAGAUCAGUUUUCAUGCAGAUGUUAUCAGAAAAUGAGUGGGCAUUCGACUUGCUCUAUUGUGUGGCAUUUGUGAUUAUGGACAAGCAAUGGCUAGAGAGGAAUGCAACUUACAUGGAGUUCAAUGAGGUUUUGAAGUCAACUAGAGCUCAGGUGGAAAGAGAGCUUCUAAUGGACGACGUUCUACGAAUCGAAGACAUGCCAUCUUAUACACUUCUUUGUUAGCAGCAGCAACAAAAUAACCAACUGAAGAAACAUCAAUAGUUCGAAGGAUGGUGGAGUAGCACUUACCUCCGAUAUAGUAAUUGGCUAACAUUUUAUUUAUACGAACUCCUCUCAUGUUUCUCGCUCUUCUCCAAGAGAGUGUCCUUGAAGAUAGCUAGCCUGUAACUGCCAUUGUGGUAAGCCAAAUAAGGACCAAAUAUUAUCCUUGUGUACGGCUCACACCGAUCUUCUCUGUAUCGUUCCAAUAAAAUUGGAUGUCCACGAAGGGAUGAUCAAACUACUAACGGUUGGAAGUUAUAAUGGCUAUUAUAGGUGAAAGCACAAGAAAUGUGGCGAAUGACAAACCCAUAAUUGGGUUCUACAUCCCCCUAAGGCCUAAACUUCAAAACA